UCCGACCCCGGAACCGAAAUUUCUCCAAGCCCCAAUUUUGUAAAGGGCUCACACUUUGCCUAAGUCACCGGCGGCCGACGUUCUACUUCUUACUCUCAAUCUCUUUCUGCUGCAAAUUAUUUUCUCCGACGGAAUAAAAUUAUGGCACUAAGAGGUGUUUGGCAGCUAAGGAAGCUGGUAGUCAGCUAUUGCAAUUGGGGUGGCAGUAGCAGGGGAAUAAGGGCAUUCAUGGAGUCUGAAUUGCCAGCACUCAAGGAGAAAAAUCUGCAUCUUGAGGUGGUCACUGAACUCAAUCGUGGUCAACAUCCUUUCUUGAAGGGAUUAUACAAGAACAAGAAUGAGCGUGUUGUAUGUGUGAAAAACUUGAGUCAAGACGAAGUACUUGAAGCAGCGACCAAGCUAAGGAAUUCGCUUGGCAGGAAGGUGGUGAAGCUGAAGACACGGCAUGUUACAAAACAACCGAGCGUUCAAGGUACGUGGUCAACAGCAUUGGAGUUAUAAGCGCCAAAAGAAUAUGUUAUAUGCAGGUGAUUUCUGUCUUCCUAGGUUUUAUCAUAUGCAUCUGUAAGUCGUAGGUGUAGUCUUUUUGGACAAACAAGAUAUGGAUUAUGCGGUCUACGUGUAUGAGAAGGUAAACUUCUUCAAUCGGUAGUGCACUCGAUAAUGUAAUAAUUUACUCGUGGUGAUAGUUUUGAAGGGGUGCUAUAUUUAAGAUGUUAUUGAUGGAAUGGAAUGCAUUUGUUUGUUAUGGUCAUGUUGAAAUUGA